ACUAAUAUCAUUAGAGAAGCUGGUGAUGGUGUCAUGGCACACCACAUAUUUCCGAAUACAACGAUUAAAAACAUAAGCAGCAAAAUGCCUAGAACGAAGGAUGAACUCCUCGAGAUAAAUGGCAUUACCCAAAUUAAGGUGGCCAGGUACGGAGAUCGAAUACUUGAAACAAUUGAAGCUGCCAUAAAGGAAUACUUCAAAACAGAUAAAAACAGCAGCGGUGGCAAUGACAGCAACGAUAUAAAGAGGAAAAGAGAUGGUAACAAGGAUCGGAAGGAAAUUUUUGAAGAUGACGACUUCAGAAGCACAGAUAGAUCGAAGAAGAGGGCUCCAAAGACGCAGAGCAAUACUAUUGAGACCUUCCGUUAUGUGGAGCCAGAUUACAGUGAAUUCAUAGAUGAUGAAUUAGACUUAUCUGGUUAUGACUUUGAAGCUAAUGUUCCGGAUAUGAAAACCAAUCAGAACGGUGGCGGAAGAGUGCUGCCACAGUGGUCAACUCCUGGAAAUGGGCGACAUCGGUAGAAUUUUAUUCUUUUGCAUCGAAUUAGGAAGAUGUGGGCGGUGAGACUCCGAAGACGACCAUGCAUUUCCGGCUG